GUGAAGCGCAGUUAGUGUGGGCUGCCACUCGGUGAAGCAGUGUGUGUGUGUGUGUGAGUGUGUGUGUGUUUGGCUUCAGCCACGUCUCUAUCACAGCUCACUGAGUCAAAGUCUGAGAUUUUUGAGUUUACAACUUUUUGUUUGUUUGUGUGGUAGUCGAGGGGUUUCUCUUAUAAAACUGACGUGAGAACAUGGACGCAGAGCUUUAAAAAGAACCCCUGUGAGGUUUGUUUGUUAGUGUGUGUGUGUGUGUGUGUGUGUGUGUGUGUGUGUGUGUGUGUGUGGGAACUCAGGGGAAUGAGGCGAAUCGGUUCACCGCCGCUUCACUCGGAGACGCUUGUGUGGCUCAGCUCUGUGCGCUCUGCGUUUUGAGGGCGCGUUCUCGCCUCGCUUGGGGAUGUUGGCGCGGUUCGGGUCGCAGGGGUCAGUUGGAGUCAUCUUGUACCUCUGGGCUUUAGUGCUCAGGGCUGGUUUGUGCUCCGAGCUGAAAGUCAGGGUUCGACUCGCUGAUGGCCGGAUCACUGAGGAGCUGCUGGAGGCGGACAGUGAGAGAGACUCCAUCACACUGGAGUACAGGCAGGCUGACGGCACACUCAUCACUUUCGUGGCAGACCUUAAACAGGAUGUGAAGAUCUUCCGGGCAUUGAUUCUGGGAGAGUUGGAGAGAGGGCAGAGCCAGUACCAGGCAAUGUGCUUCAUCACACGCCUCAGCCACAAUGAGAUCAUCUCCAGCGAGUCCAUGGCCAGACUCCGGCAGAAAAACCCACACACAAUAAGGACGGCGGAGGAGAGGAGGCCGACGGAGACGCUCAGCAUGAACGUGGCGGUUAAUGUGACGCUAGCGUGGCAGCUGAGUGCCCUCAUCUACAACACGUGCAGUGUGGCGCGCGACGCCGUGUACACGCGUGAGGCCGACAUGCGCCACUGGCUGGACACAGGUAUCGAGGGCUCCGUGUUUGAGACCCUACCUCAGGCUGUGGAGGCUCCUGGGCUGCAGAGCUGCCGCUCGGUAAAAGAUCUUUGGCAGUCUUGUUCCUGCAGCUAUAGCAUGAGGCUUGAGUGGUACCCGUGCCUACUCAAGUAUUGCCGCAACAAGGACCCCUUAGGCCACGGUGCCCCGUACAAGUGUGGCAUCAAGAGCUGCAGCAAAGGCUAUGACUUUACAUACUACACGCCUCAUAAACAGCUCUGUCUGUGGGAGGAGGAGACUUAGCGAUGCAUGCUCAGCUUCACUCAGCAAAUCUCUUUUGUGAUCACUUUUUGUUUGAGCCCUGAGCCAUUUGAACUUGACUGUCCAUGCCUGAGAGCAUGUGUGACAUAAUCUCACACAGAGUUGAGUGUCCGGGGCUCAAGGUAAGAAGAGGAACAGCUUUGUCUGUGGGUUUCCAUGCAGCAGGCCACAGCAUUGAUUUCAGGCAUUUUUUUUAUUUUUUUAUUUUUAGAAAUACUUUCACUAUGCCUAGUGGAGGUGAAAUGAGUAUCUACAGAACUUGCAGAUCCACUUCCUGUAGACCAAGCAACUGUGAAUCAGUCAAUAGUCUAACAAGCUAUAAUCUGUUGAUUAUUCAAACAUUUUCAGUCAGGUUUCAGUCAAGCUAUUUUCUGUUUGCCACAUGUUCUAAUUUAUUGUUUGCAGUGGGAAAUUAUUGAAAAAGACUAAUGCACAUUUUUAGAAAGAACAUGUUCCUCACUUUUUUUUUUUUUUCCAGUAUUGUGUUGCCCUGAGAUAUCACAAUCAGUUUGAGGGUGUAUGGAGGACUGGGAUGAGAUUUCUGUUGCUGAUAUUUCAGUGCAAUAUGAAACACUGUCUUACUGUCAGGUUCUAACAAUUUGUUGCACUCUGAUUAAGAUUAGCUUAUUCAAAGGAAAAAUCCACCCUGAACAACGUUGCUAUUAAUCUAUAAAAUGACAUGGCAUCGAAGAUUUAUUUUGUAAUGAAUUUAUGAGUUAACGUCUUUAGUUUGAACUUCUUUUCUCCACGUGUUAGUCUAUUACACCAUGUUGAUCUAGUGGGAGUUAGUCCUUGCUUCAUCUCUAAGUAAGGAGAGCGAUGCAGCAGCGCUUCAGUCCUUUUUAAUAUAUUGCACUGUCUCACAUCCUCAUCUGUACACUCUGCUCAAACAGAUCAGGUUCCAAAGCAUUCCAAAGUGUAAUCUCAUAGAUCGCUAACUAGCCAAGCUGAGUCUUUGCCGUAACUCAUCGUAAGUGUGUCAUAUAGCUGCAUUCUGGAACUUUCGAGUCCAACACUUUCUGUCUCCUCAAUUGCUAGGUUGAUUUUCUCAUGACAUGACCAUCACUGGAGAAUGGUGAGUGAGAAAAUAAGCUCUUGUUCUUUUGUUUUUCUUUAGGACCUAACAGCAAAACAUGACCGUUUGAGAUUGUCGAAAAUUUCUCUUCUAUUAAACACCAUCGUAACCACGCUAGCAAUGUCCCGCUGUGAUGUCAUAGCAGCAGACACCUGCUAACUUAUCAUCGAAAUAUCAGAAAUACAACGCUAACUAAUAAAUUAGCACCAGAACCACUAAACCCAUCCCAGAUAUUUAAAUAUAAACAUUUCAGAGUUUCAGGGUGGAGCUUUCCUUUAACACCACAAUCACUGUGUGUUUCAUAUCUGUGGCUUUUUUGAUAAGCUUGUUGGAACCACACAUCACCAGUAUUUUUAUUUUCCUUUCUACACACAUUUGGAUAUCUAAAGCAUUUUUGCCCCCUAACUAUGCAUUUAAUGGCCAUUUUUCAAGUAUAUAUAUAAAAAAAAAAAACCAAAGUAAUUGUCUGCAGUGCAUGAAAAACAAGGUGCCAUUUUAUAUUCAA